AUGGUUCCAGAUGGCGGCCCUGUCAGUUCCUACAGUGGACCAAUGAAGAAUGAAAUGUUGGACCGCUAUUUGAACAUAAGGGCUGCACAGAGGAAGGAGCUUACUUCCGGAGUUCUAUCUGCGACUCAACAAACCCAAAAAGUUGUAAAAAGUGAUUCAACUUGGCAAAAUGUCAAGGAAUCUUGCUGUAGCCUAAUCGACCUAGAAGAAGAUUCUGACACAGUACCAUUAUCCGGGUCUCAAUUGACUCAGGGAAGUGAGAAAGCCAAGCAGAUCCUGAAAAACACUGUAGGCUUUCCAUUCUAA